UUCAAAUCUAGAAGUGACAAAGCAUGGAUUAAUUUUUCUGCAUCAUUUUUGGACUAAGUUUCUGAUUUUUGCAAUGUUACUUAGAUGGAAAAAAGCUGUCAUUGAAAUAGUCUUGAUACGUUAGUCAAAAGAGAGAUCAGGGUCCAGAGUAAAGCCAAGGUCUUUUCAGUUUUAUUUGAGACGACUGUACAACCAUCAAGAUUAAUUGUCAGAUCUGGCAUCACCACUUUAUUGCAGACAUUAAAUAAAACAGUUAAAGUAUAAAUAUUGCCAAGUAAUUUUGCUAAGCAAAGACAACGUGAUAUGGGGAAGAGUGGGUAGGUGAGGCUGUGUUUUUAUGCCACUCCCCCAACCUUUAACUAAAGAGGUUGUGCUGUCUCAAAACAAAACUAUACACGCCACACUAAGAAGAGCCAACAUCACUGCUGCCUUGCUACUGUAUCAGUCCAGUCUGAAGACUCCGUGGGAAGAAGCAAACUUCAAGACAGGCAAACCUGAAGAGGAUGGAGAUCGGUAGGAGCACUGAGAUUUAUCCACACAAUAUGUGUGGGCGUCCUUGUCCGGGGCCCCUGUCCUUCCACAAAGAGGCCUUGGGGACCAAUGUGUGUCUGAGUCUGGGAGGUAGACGUGUGGAGAGGGACAGAGAGACCUUCCAGAAUGGUCUGACUUUCAGCAGUCGUCCAAUCAGGGUUCAGGAGAAGAUACAUCUGCGGGUGGAAUGUUGUGACCAACACUGGCAUGGAGCUCUGCGGCUGGGCUUCACCAUCAUACCGCCCUCCUCCUCUGGGCCCCACUUCCCUCCUGCUAUAGCCAUCCCUGACCUCACCACCACCUACGGGUACUGGGCAUCCACCGUGCCCUCCAGCCUCAUCAUGCCAGGGGCAGAGCUCCGCUUCUGGGUGACCCCUCGAGGAAUGCUGGUUUACGAGGGGCCAAAUGGUUUGAGGUACAAGCUACUGAAGGGGGUGGAUGUGACACACCCCCUAUGGGCCAUGAUAGAUGUCUACGGACAGACCAGAGCUGUGCUCCUAUUGGGAUCAGAAAAUAAAGACUUAAUGUUGCGGAUCCGGAGGUCCUGUCCUGUCCCACCUCCUCCCUCUGUGUCUCAUAGGGACACACAUGCAUGUGUGUGAACAAGGGUCACCCCUGUUGCACCCCUCAGGACUACAGGCUCUCUGCUGACCCUAUCACUACCACACAGAUGGACCCCUCUAUAGAUCGGGACUUCGCUGACGAUUGCGUGGUGUGUCUAUCUGCUAGAGCUUCUGUGGUCUUUCCCUGCGCCCACCGCUGCCUGUGCCUUCGCUGCGCCCUGCGGGUCACUGCCGAGUUUGGAAACUGCCCGCUUUGUCGCCAGUCAAUCAGAUACAGCGACAAGGAUAGGUGGAUAAAAAGUUGACCAACCGAUGGGGAAAGGAGGGAGAAAAGCAAAGAUGAUCAAAUCAGCAUUAUAUUAGUACAUAAUAUUGUAAACAUUUCCCUUAUGUUCUUUUUUAUAUCAACUGUCUAUUUUUCACUGUGACUUAUGUUAUAGUGUAGGCAUCUAUACUACAUGUGGGCAUCUAUACUUGAUGAAGAACGUGUCACUGUAUUAGAUGUUUUAUUUGUCAAUGAAUCGAAAUGUAAAUAAAUGCACCCAAAAUGAA